CAUUCGAAGUGAUAUACCACCGCCGCUGUCUCAUAAAUGAUACUUGACAAUCAUUAAUUACGUGAUGACCGACCAUCUGUGAAUUUUUGAGUUUAUGUUAAAUGUUGUGUAGCAUAGUCUUACAGUAGUGCAUUGAGGCACCUAUAUUUCCCACAGGGUGCCGGUAACUUCCCUAUGUCUAUAGUGCUCUAGUCUUGUUCUGGUUAGAUAUGGAUUGCUUUAAUUACUAGAAUCUGGCAUUAUGCUAUUUGAACUCCUUGGGAUAGAAGUAAUUCUCAUCAUGUCUGCUGGAAUUAGGGAGUUUGGCUUGGGCAAAUCCAUAGCCUUAUUGUAUUUAUAUUAUUUUAUUAUUUUGUUUAAGCAGCACUUUUGCUGAAAAUGCAUUUCGCUGAAGCAACAAUUUUGGGUUGACAAAAUAUCGCGUUGCAAAUUACAGAUUUGGGGCUUUUGGGAAAAUCAAUUUAAUCCUUUUACCUGUAUUUGGUAAGCAAAAGAUAAAAAUAACUGUGGGAGAGAAAAAUUGGGGAAAGGUGACUUCUCUAGGUACAUUUCCCCUUUUUUUUUUUGUUUAUUAAUUACAAAUUUUCUACUUCACUGUACGAAUUUUUACUCCUCAUACCCUUGGGAAGGGAAAUGACUUGAAUUGCUUGCUUUGAAUUGCUUGUAAGCUACAAGCGUGCUUUAUCAAGUACUUCGUCUAUAAGCAAUAUUUGUGCGGCAUUAAGCACUUGAUCUAUAAGUAGUAAUUGUUAGAGUAACUUCAACAGUUUUCUCAUAAGAGCAACUCUAACAUAUUCUGCAUUUCCUCAUUUUUUUCUCUAUUUUAGGGAAAAUUGAGUCAUUUUUAACUCCAACAGCUUCCCUAAACAUUUCCUUAAAAUAGAGAUUUUGAUGAGAGAGAAGAUUACAUUCUCUAAAUCUACAGCAAACGCUAAAAAUAUAGCAAUGGCAAAAGUCAUUAAUUUUUCACGUGCUCCACUCUCUCACAACGACUAAAACAUUUCAACUCCAAUGGAAUCUCAACCGAGAAAGAAGGCGGUAGCGCAGUUGAGCCACCUCCUCCACCUUUGUUCAUGUUGACUCACUCCAAUUCUCUAUUUGUUUUCCUCUUUUCCUACGUCGCUUGUUUUGAUUGAUUAGAGGCUAGUCAAAUUUUUGGGUUCUUGAUUGUUCUUAAUCGAAUUUUCGGGUUUUCAUUUUCUUAAUGGUUCUUGAUUGUGCAUCUAUUUGUUAAUCGUUCUUGAUUGUGGAUUCUGUCUGCUUAAUGACUACACCUACGCUGAUCGAUUGUGCAGCAGGAAUGUAGGCGGUGCCUUACUCCACUUGUAACCUCACUUUUUUCUCCUUCCCACUAGCAAAUCAUUACAUAGUUUUGUUGGGUGGUCGUUGACUGGUUUUAUUACAUGAGGUGCAGGUUUAUUGUCUUUGAUUGAUUUACACCUACAUAGCAUGCUUUGACUUUGGGGAUAAGGAGACUAUCAAACGUAGUGGUCUCUGAGGAGAAUUCUAGUUGUGCAUGUUCAUUCAUAGAAAAUAAGUAGCUACCAUUGUUGGUAUUUACAUAUGUAGGAUUGGAAACAGAUAGGUAGAUAGCUGCUAGAGUUUAAUUUUAAAGGGUCCCCUCUUACCAUCCCCAUCAUGCCUUACCUUUGUUUUCAAGUUCUCUUGUCUCUAACCAAUGUAAUGAUCCUUAAUUAGUUCAACUUACUAUGUUAGGUACAAGUGGAUAAUUGUUCAUUGCUUAGAUGGUGGGCGAUGAUUGCCUUCUGGGUUGGGUCCUGAUGGAGUUUUAUGAAUCCUCUUCCUUUCGCUUGCCUGUACUUCAAUACUGUACAAAGAUUCCAGGUUGAAGUUUGACUAUGUUUGAUGCUGGAGUUGUUUGGAUCUUCUACCGUUUUUGAUUCGAAUAUUCAGUUUGCACUUGGUAACACUCGGUUUGGGUUUUUGGGAACAGACCAAUUCCUUUCUGAUUUUGGUAAAAAAGCAAUCUUUGAAGACGAUGACGGAUGAAGAUGAGUUAUUUGAGGCAUUUGACAGUUUUGAGAGAUCUGUUAAAUUUGACAGAUUAAGUUGAUAUAUCAAAUACACGUAGGAUUUGACAAAUUUAUUGGAGUUGGUUUCACAGGCCUUAUGUUACCGUUGGAGCUCCACGGUGGAUUUUGACACCACCGUUGGAGAUGGUCUAACAAGUAACGACCUUCCAAAGAAGCACAUGGUUACUCAAAAGUCAAAACAAAGCAAACGACGAGAGCUGUUAAACGAAAGUCAAAAGCUCUUCGGCUCAGCCUCGCACCAAGAUCAAAGACCUCGUCUCCUUCUCUCACACACCCACCUCCAUUUCCAGAGCCUCUCUUUGAAUAAUCGUGUCCGUUCUAUUCUCAUUUUUCCUCAUUCGAUUUUGUGGUUUAUAAAUUUUAUGCAAAGUGCUUUGUGAAAAUGAUGGAGGACGACGAGUACUGGGCUUGGGAAUCCUUCUAUUCAGAUUGGAGCACCUUCUACAGCGGGUCUCAUGAUUCAGCUCCUCAUUGGAAGUACGAUGUGUUUUUGAGUUUUAGGGGCGAAGACACGCGAACCAGCUUCACUGACCAUCUUUACGAAAAGUUGGUGUGGCGAGGAAUCAAAACUUUCAGGGAUGACCCAGAAAUUGAAAGGGGGUCAACCAUUUCUGCAGAGCUCUCGGCAGCCAUUAAAGAUUCAAGGUUCGCGGUCAUUGUUCUCUCCCCAAACUACGCCUCUUCCACUUGGUGCUUGGAUGAACUUGAAAUGAUUAAUCAGUCGAUUGGAAUAUCCAGACGCUUGCCGGUCUUCUAUCAUGUUGAUCCUUCUGAUGUUCGAAGACAAACUGGCCCUUUCGCCGAAGCCUUCACUAAACAUGAACAUGACUUCAAGGCAUACCCGAAGAAGGUGCGUUGGUGGAGAGAGGCUUUGACAAGUGUGAGUAAUGUUGCUGGAUGGACUACUUCUAAGUAUAGGUAUGAAACAGAGCUUAUCAAAGAAAUUGUAGAUGUAAUAGGGGAGAAAGUGUAUCCUACGUUCACAUUGUCAGAUUCGACAGAGAACUUGUUUGGAAUUGAUUUUAGAUUACAGUACAUAGAUUUGCUUUUAUAUACUAGCGUAACUGAUGUUCGCUUUUUGGGGAUAUGGGGGAUGGGUGGGGUGGGUAAAACAACGAUUGCUAGAUUAGUUUAUGAGAGAAUUUCCCAUAAGUAUGAGGUUAGCUGCUUUCUUGCUAAUGUCAGACAGCAGUCUGCCGCACACGGUAUAGUUCAUCUGCAAAAACAACUUAUUUCCCUUGUAUUGGAGGAAAGAGUUGCACAAGUUUGUGAUGCUUAUGGUGGAGCUGCAAUGACAAAGAAUUUAUUAUGUAAUAAAAAGGUUCUUCUUGUUCUGGAUGAUGUGGAUCAAUUGAACCAACUUGAAAUGCUUGCCGGAAGUAAAGACUGGUUUGGUCCGGGGAGCAGAAUUAUCAUCACAACAAGAGAUGAACGUCUGCUGAUCGAACAUGGUAUAGAGAAACCGUACGAGCUCCAGGGUUUAAAUGAUAAUCAAGCUCUUCAGCUCUUUUCAUGGAAAGCCUUCAAAAAAUAUCAUCCAGAAGAAGAUUAUUUGGAACUGUCCAAAUGUUUCGUGGAUUAUGCAGGAGGCCUUCCAUUAGCUCUUAGAACUCUUGGAUCUUCUUUGUAUAAAAGAGGUCGAGAUGCCUGGAUCAGUACAUUGGAUAAACUCAAGAAAGCUCCUAAUAAGACAAUCUUUGAGACUCUCAAGAUAAGUUACGAUGGACUGGAUGAUAUGGAAAAGAGAAUUUUUCUCAAUGUUGCAUGCUUUCAUAAGGGUGGCUACAAGGAGCGAGUAAUUGAAAUACUGGAUAGUUGUGGCUUUCCAGCUCGUAUUGUGAUAGAUAUUCUGGUUGAGAAAUCUCUCUUAACUAUUUUUGACGACUAUGUUAUGAUGCAUGAUCUGAUACAAGAAAUGGGACGGGAUAUUGUUCGUCAAGAAUCUUAUGAGGAGCCUGGGCAACGUAGUCGAUUGUGGCUUGAUAAAGACAUCUUUCAUGUAUUUUCGAAGAAUACAGGAACUGAAGCAAUUGAAGGAAUAGUCCUAUGCUUGCCUGAAUUUGAACAAGCAUGCUUGAAUCCUGAAACUUUCUCCAAGAUGUCUAGACUAAAGUUGCUCCAAAUUCAUAAUCUGAACCUAUCUCCAGGCCCAAAAUAUCUGUCUAAUUCCUUGAGAUUUCUGGAAUGGAGUUUGUAUCCUUCAAAAUCUCUCCCACCAACUUUUCAACCAGAUGGUCUUACUGAACUUAAUUUGCGUCAUAGCAAAGUUGAUCGGCUUUGGAAUGGGAAAAAGCACUUGGGUAACUUGAAGUAUAUUGACCUUAGUUUCUCUGAAAAUUUGAUCAAGACCCCAGAUUUCACUGGUAUUCCGAAUCUUGAAAGGUUGGUUCUUGAAAGUUGCACGAAUGUAGUUGAGAUUCACUCAUCUAUUGCAUUUCUCAACAAGCUUAAAAUUUUGAAUUUCACAAACUGUAAAAGUAUCAGAAGUCUUCCAAGUGAGAUAGAAAUGAAAUCUCUUGAAGUUUUUCUACUUUCGGGAUGCUCAAAAUUGAAAAGCAUUCCAGAAUUUUUGGGACCAAUGAAAAAUUUAUCAAUGCUUUCUUCGGAUGGGACAGCUAUUGAGCAAUUACCUCCAUCAUUUGAAUGUUUGGUUGGCCUUAUUUCACUAGAUCUAAGAGAUUGCAAAAGUUUAUUGUGUCUUCCAAGUGUCCUCUGUCGCAUGAAAUCUCUUAGAAGUCUCAAUAUGUCUGGAUGCUCAAAACUGUGCAAAUUCCCUGAUAGUGUAGGGCAGAUUGAAUGCUUGAAAGAGUUAGAUCUAAGUGGAACUGCAUUAAGCGAGCUUCCAUCCUCCAUUGUUCUGAUGAAAAAUCUGGAAGUAUUGUCUUUUCGUGGAUGUAAAGGGCCACCACCUAAAUCAUGGCAUUUGUUUCCCCCUUUUGGCUCAUUUCAAAGAAAUAGUCCCGAGCCUGCGGGUCUAGUGGUGGCUUCUUUAAAUGAUUUGCAUUCAGUGAGGAAACUGGAUUUAAGCAACUGCAGUUUUGGUGAAGGAGCAAUCCCAGAUGAUAUUGGCUGUUUGUCCUCUUUAGAAGAAUUAAAUCUUGGGGGAAACAAUUUUAUCAGCCUUCCUGCAAGCAUCAGAUGGCUCUCUCAGCUUAUUUUAUUAAACUUGGAGGGCUGCAAAAAGCUUCAGUGGUUGCCUGACCUUCCAUCAAAUGAAGAAUUAACUAUAACAAUUGACGAUUGUACUUCCUUGGAAAUGUUGCCUGAUCCACCAAAGUUGAGCAGAUUGAGGUGGUUUUCUUUUAGAUGUGUCAAUUGUUACAAAUUGGUUGGCAGUGAAGACAGCACUAAUAGACCAUUUUCAAUGUUAAAGCGAUUCCUGCAGGGAAGCCCUCCUUUUAUUGUUCACAGUUUCAAUAUUGUUACUCCUGGAAGCGAAAUUCCUGAGUGGUUCAGUAAUCAAACUGUGGGAGAUUCAGUUGUUGUGCACCUACCUGCUCUACCAAGUGAUAACAAGUCAGUGGGGUUUGCUCUAUGUGUUGUCUUUGAAGCUGAAGAAAAUCCAGCUGCCGUUGAACUCAAUCAUAUACGAAGUCAUGCAUGUGGAAUUAAAUGUCUUUCCAAAGUAGAAGGAUCUUUGUCAACCUCUUUACUUGUAAAAGGGCUUUUUCAUCAUAAAGUAGGCCAGGUUAUGUCAGAUCACCUUUGGUUACUCUAUGCAUCUUUCAAAGACUAUGAUCCUAGAAAUUAUUGGAAAGGAGUAUUCUAUGAGAUUGAGUUUUCAUUUAAAACCUUUUGUUCUAUGGAAAACAACAAGUGUUUGAAGCUGAAGAAGUGUGGGGUCCGUGUGGUGGACAAGCAAGAUGUGGUAGAUCUUAACAAAACAAUGAACCAAUCCAACAGCAGCUUUUAUCUCGACAAGGCUAUGUAUGACCUCCAUUGUGAUCUUGACAAGUCAGCAAGUGUUCAAUGUGCUGAAGUUGAGCAAACAAUUGAACAUUCUGAUAAGGCAGCACCAAGUGGAAGUGGUAUCUCUGACAUGGAAUCACUCAGCAAAAGAUUGAAACACGAGUAACUGUCUUGUACCUGAUUGAAUCAUGCAAUGCCUCGACUUGAAAGGUCAUUUUCCAGCUUCACAUUUGGUGAUUCACAUCCACUCCUAUGUCUACAACUUCUUGUGCUAUGUUGUCAGAAGAUCUGCUUAAAGAGUAAUAGAAUCACGUAGAAGGCUGCACUUAAUUGAGGAUCUCCUUGACAGAGCUUUGCAAUCUGUGAUAUCAGUACUGGAUGCCAGCUGAGGGUGUGACCUCAUGCCCAGCCUUUUUGUUUGGUUGGAACAUCCGUCUGUAAGCUCAGAGCAGAUAUUUGUUUGGCUGGAUGAGAGCUAACCAUGAGGAAAGAUAUUCGAGACAUAUGCUUACCUUCUCUAGCUGGCCAUGACUACCAAUGGAGACCCUUGCAAGAAACUCCCUGAGCUGAAAGAAUGUGUGCUUACUUCAGUGCAAGUCUAGUUUAGACGCCUUGGUUCCUGCAAAGUUUGAAUUUAUGACCAGCGUAGAGGGGCAUGAUAGGGUUAUGAAAGCAACUAAUGCUGCUGUAGACCUCGGAUAAAAUCCUGUUAAU